AUGGAACAAUAUUCUUAAGAAAAUCCAUUAUUUGAAUUACUCUAUAUUCUAAGAGGUGGAAUUCCUCAAUAACAAUUCUUAUUUCAUCAUAUCUUUCGAUAUUUUGACAAGGAUUAAAAGUUAGCAAUAAAAUUAUGCAGAAAAUUGAUGAAUUAUCAAGAUUGUAAUUAAAAAAAUCCUAAUGGACAAACUCCGCUUUAAAUUGCUAUUAUUUAUAACUAAAAAGGUGCUAUUCGAUAUGCUUAACAUGACAGUAGAUUUGAUUUUAAUGAUGAUAACUUAAUGUAAUUAGCAAUCACUAAUUCUAACUUUGAAAUAGUUGAAAUAUUAUUAAUUGUAACAAUAUUCUUCUUAAUAUUAGGAUGAAGGGUUAUCAGUAAUAGAAUCAAACUCAAAGAAAAUGAAUUCUUAAUCUUCAACUAAUUUAAAAAUACUAAAAAGGUAUGAAAAAAUAGAAAUUCAGAGGGUUUUGCGGGAUGAUACUUCUGAAUAUUAAGAAACUAUAAUUAAUGAAAUACCUUAAUUUCUUUUAGCUAAGACUCCUGGAAAAAUUAUGAUAGAGAACAUAAAUGAAAGUUUAAUACCUACUACUUAAUGCAUUUAAACAUCAGAAAAUAUAAGCCAAGAGGGUAUUUCAGAAAUUAAAAUGAAAUAGGCUAAGCUUUGUUCUUAGAGUUCAUGCUAAGAAAAUUAAAUACUUAAAUAAGAGAAUGAAAUUAGAAAAUAAUAAGAAAAUAGAAUUCCUUUUUAGAAUUUAUUUAGAUGCUAAACUUAUGUUGAAUAAUUGCUUUCUACAAUAUUUCAAUUUAAAUAUGUAAUAAAAUAUGCAUAAUUAAGAGCCAUAGUUAGAUUGCGCAAUGCUAUUGUUUCUCUAGUAAAAUAAGGUGGAUUGCUACUAUAAAAAUUUAGAUGGCUUAAUUGAACUAAUGUCUAUACCACCCUUACUUAACUAAAAAUAAUAUUCUAGUUUUGAUUAGACAAAUAUGAUUGAUAAUUAUUGCAAACAGUUUUGUAGAGAAAUCACAUAAAAGCUUUACGAUUAUAAGUCGGUAAUUUCUUGUAAUAUCAAAAGUCAUUAAAAAAGAAAUAAUAUAACUUUGAUGCACUGAAGGCUCAACUCUCAUCUAAACUAAAAUAUGAUAUUUCAUAUUAAGGUCCAAGCAUGGAGUUGCUAUUUAAAUUCUAAAAUUUGUUACAAAUUUAUAGAAGUUUGUUUUAUAUUUUACAUAAACCUUAUUUGAAUGCUAAUUGUACAUUUUUCAUCUUAGAAUAAUUCGAGUUGAUAAACAAGGUUGAAAUGUUUCUUCAUUUCUAAUUGCUUACUACUAAUUAGACAAUAUAGACAAACCAUUAAUGA